CUCCUCCUUCCUCCCCGCGGUUGCCACUUAGCCGCUAACCAACCAGCCACCGACUGGAACCGAACCGUCGAACCGAGCCUCGCUGCCGCGGCGGCCAUGGACGGCGCGUCGUGGCCCGCGCGGUGGCCGCCGCCGCCGCUGCCGAGCCAGAUGGACGGCGUCACUCUGCGUCACCUGCUCCGCCCCUUCGCCGGGCAGGAGGCCGCGGCGGGCGGCCGAGCCGCGGCAGCGCCGGAGCAGCUGGUCACGAAUCCUUCGGCCGCGCAAUCCGGCCAGCCUGCGAGAGCGGGGCCGAGCAACGAGCUGCUUGCUCAAGUUCCGGGGAGCUAUUCCACUUUCGGCCUUGCGCCGGACCUUAAGGCAUUGUUUGGUAAGCCAAGUGCGAGCAAUGCUGCUGAUAUCAUUGAUCUUACUCGGGCUUCUCCGCCCGGCAGCGCUGCCACUGCCACUCUGCCCAUGCAUUCAAGACAUGGAUUGACAGCGAGCAGUAGCAAUGAGCAGUUCUCUGCUGGAGCACCUUUUAGGAAUAAAACUGCUAAUGGAAUGGGUACUUUUACUGGGGAAGGUUCAACCAAAGAAGGAAUGACAGACGGUGGCAUACAGUUUCAUGACUCAAGUGCGCACGCACUGCAGAAAUUGCCGUUCAAAUCGACGACUCAUCAUCAUCCUACACUGCUUGGUGAUCGUAUCCGGGUCACCUGUCUGAACGUUGGUGGAGAGUUCUUUGUGGGUGAAGCUGGGCUUUUUGGAGUCAUUUGCCUGUGUCAUCGGUUGAGAAUGUCUGUAGCUAAAUUCUGCGAGCAUGCGGGAGGAACUCCAGAAAAAGCUGGUGAAAUAGUCCGUGUGGAGAAUGGCAUGACUAUCGCACAAUGGUUCAAAUUCUGCAUAGGGGUGGGAGGAUCUAUUGCUAGCACCAGGUGGGAUUGGCCAGAAUGGGCAUGUAUGAAAAGUUCUCCGGAAGAAUACAUGUUGAAAAGUCUUGCUUCUAGAAAUAGUGGUACGGGAAAAGUAGGGUUAUUAGGUGGAUAUGGAAAAAACACUGGACCUAUAAACAACCCAGAUUAUUCCAGUAAUCUGUACAUUGAGGGUGGAGGAUGCACUAAUGUUGACAAGCAAAUGAAUGGGUCAGAUGAAACAAAUUACAGAAAGAGUGUUGAUGUGCAUGAAGCUUUAAUAAAGAACUCUGCUUUGCUACAGAAUUCCACGAUAAUGAAUUUAGGGCUCGCUAAAAACCAUAUGGUUCAUGCAUUGAACCUGAACCCUCUUAGCACACCUAAUGGAAGCCUACACUUCGAAGCAAGCAGGGGAAGACAUUACAAUGGAAAUCACUUGGCGCAUAAUUAUGGAAUCCUUCCGGAGAAAAACUUAGAUGCAUCUUUUCAUAAUCCUGGGCCACAUUCAACAAGAGUUGUGAGCCAUGAUAGUAGGGUGUGCAGACCUGAUUUCCCCCACAAAAUAUUGCAGGACAAUUUGUGCAAUCCUUCAAACACUGAAUUAAAGCUUGGACAAUCUUCUUAUCAUCAACCUAUGACCACUCUAUUUCCAUUGGGACAGUCAACAGUAAUUGAUUUUCAGAAAUCUCAAUCACAUAGGCCAUUGGUAAAUCAAAAUCCUUAUCCAAAGCAAGCAACAAAGAUCAACAGUAAUCUGGCUGAACAUAAUGAAGCAUCCAUUAGUACUGGGAAUAAGAAGCAACCACUUGAAGUUGCUAAUGGAACAAAACAUUCUGAAGGUGGUGAGCGUACAGAUGAUACAUCCAAGAAUUCAUUUAUCUCAUUAUUUCUUUCACACCUUGAGAGGAAUAGUACACCCGAACACAUUGAUGAUAUUCUCAACAGUAAUGAGCAUUAUCAUCCAAAGAAUCCUGAUGUUGCAUGUGGUUCUGAUCAUCCAAAAAUUGCCAGUAGACAGAUUGAGACAAGGGUUAAUGAUUAUCAUCCGAAGUUGCCCCCAACCAUUAUUCAUAUGAAUAGAAGAUCAGAGGGAAUUUCUCUUUCAGGGGCUUACAGUGGAGAUAAUCCUCAAGAUACAUUCCAUGCUAAUAGUCAGGAAAAAUUGAUUCAUGGGGAUUGCCCAUCACGUUUGCUGCCUAAUCAACCUAAUGCUGGACUUUCGAAAAAUUGUGCAAGAGUUUCAUGUCCUGCAAAUUGCAUGAGCUGCACUCACGUGGCUAAUAAAUCCCAUCAGGUUGCACAUGGUGAAAUUGGGGUUCCUUUCUAUGAUAAAAUGCCCAGGGGCCAGGGUACUUUUGAGCGAGUUGAUGACUUAUGCACACAUAGAAGUUUGAGAGCUUAUGCCAAAAUCAACUGCGAGAAUGGGAAGUCUUGCUGUUCUUCUAGGGAGUUUCUACCUAGCUCUUGCCAAAAUGAUCAGUCAACACUGGGAAAAUCGAUUUGUGCAUGCUGUUGCAAAAUUCGGGAAGAUGUUUCCAAACUUGGUUUUAUACCUGGUCACUUGUGCAGAACUUCAUUUUCUAGUGAUCUUGGUCCAGUUCUAGCCAGUAAGCCUACCCUUGAAGGGCAAGAUGAACUUUGUGCCUGCUCCACAUUUGCGGAAAGAUCAUCACUACGUUCUCGAGAACACAUCUUGCAGUCUUCUUGUUAUGCAUGUCCCAUUGAUGGAUUGUACUACAGAAGUUCUAUGGGACAUGCAGCAGAUAGCUUGACAAACCACCCUCUGUUUGAUGCACUUAACACAAAAGAACAAGGUCCUUGUUGUAAUGGAAGAUGCUGCUAUUCUGUAGUCCCUAAAUGUUUGUCUGGUUGUGGCUUUACAAAACACUGUGAUGUCAGAAUUGAUCAAAUUGCUCAUAAUGCACCUAAAGGCAAACACCAGCUGCAAAUGCCUACCAGAUGCUGCACAUUGGAAGAAAAUGAGAAGUUAACAUGCCAAUGCUUAAGCAAUAGAAUUGCUGGAAGAAACUUGUCUCAAGCUUCUUAUUGUAAACAUGUCCCUGAUAAAGUAAUGAACCAGCCUUCUAUUGCUAUAACAGAGAGACUGAAGAAUGUAUCCGAAGCUUCAGUGGCUGAUGACAGUUCGUCCAAAGCCAUAACAGAGAAAAAGGGCGCUUGUAGAGAUUCUGUAGUAUCUAAAGGACAACCAAAGUUCGGUUUCUCUUCUGGAUCUUCCAGCGCUGUGGUUACAAAGUUUCAGAUGUCACCUGAAGUUAACAAUGUAUCCUCUAUUGCUAAACAUAGGAAACAUAAAAAUCUAUGUGAUGAAGGAUCAAGAAUUGAGAAAUGUUCCACAUCCAGCUAUGUGCGUACCAAUAGCACAGGAUGUGAAGAAGCCAUAAAUAGUUUUACCAUAUCUCAGUUCGAUCCAUCUCGAGUGAAGCGCAAGAGUAAUCAGAUUUCUGAGGGAAGUAGACUGGAGGAAAAGGACAAUGAGGAGCCUUGUUUUGGACCCCCCAAAAAAUUUAGAACAUUGAGGUUCUCUGGUAAAAAUUCCGAAUCAGAUGAUUGUACUAGGACUAGUUCUCAGUCAUCCCAAAAGGGGGGUUGCCAACCACAAAAUGAGGUUAACUCAUUUUCUUGCAAGGUGCUGAGAACCAAGCGAAAACAUCCUAUAAUGCAACUGAAUAAGCCUGCGAAACAGCUUCAUAACCAGAACAAGGUUUUCAAAGGUGAUGAUGAGCAACCAGAUACCAAGGGCAGUUGUUUUGGUGGAUCAGAUUCCUUUGAUAGAAGAAAGCAAGUAGAGGAUAUGACCAUUCUGGAGAGAACAAAACAUCACCGGGAAGGGAGUCGGGUAUUUGUCCGCAAACUGCCUAAAUAUGUAUCUCUGAAUUGCAUUGUCAAUGAACCUAACAGUGAAGAUGCUUGGAGUGGGAGUGCUGGAAUUGAUCCUAGCCUAAUUGUCACAGGGAUAGCAAACGAUAACCGGAAAUCUCCCAAGAUUGUUUCACUCAGUCUGGUUCUUAAAAAGGCUAAGAGAUGUCAUUCCGUUAAACUCUGUAAGACAGAAAGCACCCACUUGUAUGAGGAAAAGGGCUCAGAUUGUUCUGUGACCAGCUCAGAUUAUUCUGUAGAUAAGUAUUCCGUUGAUAAUGAAGAUUGUGGCCCACAAGCUGAAUAUGAAAUGCAGGGUUCCAAAAGGAGUAGGUAUUCAUCUAAUGGUUUGAGGUCUCAUUUUGUGAAUCACUGCAAAAGACCAUCUGGUGGGACUAAGAAUCGAAGAGCAAGUGUAUCCUUUGCUAGGAUCAAGAGCCAUACUGAAUUUGCAAACAGAUCAGCAUGCUAUUCUGGCAGUGACAAAGACAAUGCUGUGCUAACCCAUGAAGUGAAUGUUAGGAGGCACAGUGGAAGGCUCAGCUCAGAUGCUCCAUGCUGUGUUUGUGGAAUCUCAGACCUGGAGCCUUGCAAUCAAUUGAUACAGUGCAGCAAGUGCUAUAUCAAAGUGCACCAAGCUUGCUAUGGUGUUCUAAAAGUUCCUAGAGGUCAAUGGUUCUGUAGACCCUGCAAGACUAAUACCCUGAACGCAGUCUGUGUGUUAUGUGGCUAUGGAGGUGGAGCUAUGACAAGGGCACUGAAAACCAAGAACAUUCUGAAAAGUUUGCUCAAAGGUUUGACGACUAUAGCGAGGUCAGAAAAAUAUGUUGAUUCAUUAGGAAAUGCAAGCAACGAGUGUACAAGUCUGCAAAAUCCAGUAGACAGUGCGCAUGGGGAUAGCAUUGUGAAUAUGGAGAACAUUACCAGCAAUUCCUGGACCUCUAUUAAUCACAAUUCCAGUUUGCUUGGACCACGAACAAUGCAGUGGGUUCACAUGGUCUGUGGACUAUGGACACCUGGCACGAAAUGCCCAAAUGCUGCCACAAUGAGUGCUUUUGAUGUAUCGGGUGCUUCACCUGCCAAGAGAAAUACAGCAUGUUCAAUAUGUGGCAGAACUGGGGGCUCAUUUAUUAAGUGCCGAGAUGUAAAUUGUUUGGUGCUCUUUCAUCCUUGGUGUGCACAUCAGAGGGGUUUGCUGCAAAGUGAGCCUGAAGGUGAGCGCAAUGAAAAUAUUGGCUUUUAUGGGCAAUGCAUGGAUCAUGCUAAUGAUUAUUCUAGUCACAUUAAUUCUAAGAAGGAAUGCUUGAGAAGCAGCAACUGGACAUGUGCACGUACAGAGGGUUAUAAAGGUCGAGAGGGAGAGGGCUAUCCUGGUACUAGCCACCGGAAAUCUGAAGUGUACAGUGGUGAGUUCAGUGUUUCCCAAGAACAGAUAAAUGCUUGGGUACGCAUAAAUGGUUCGAAGCCAUGUGGAAGAGGACAGGAAUACAUCCAUUACAAGCAGUUAAAAGGUUGGAAGCAUUUGGUAGUGUACAAAUCAGGCAUACAUGGACUUGGUCUCUACACAUCAGUAUUUAUUCCACGUGGCUCAAUGGUUGUAGAGUAUGUGGGUGAAAUUGUUGGGCAGCGGGUUGCUGACAAAAGAGAGAUCGAAUACCAGUCUGGAAAACGACAACAAUACAAGAGUGCCUGCUAUUUCUUUAAGAUUGACAGGGAGCAUAUUAUUGAUGCCACCCGUAAAGGUGGGAUUGCAAGAUUCGUCAACCAUUCAUGCCAGCCAAACUGCGUUGCGAAAAUAAUCUCAGUAAGGAACGAGAAGAAGGUAAUGUUUUUUGCAGAACGCCACAUAAACCCUGGGGAAGAAAUUACUUACGAUUACCACUUUAACCGAGAAGAUGACGGCCAGAAGAUCCCUUGCUUCUGUAGAUCAAGAUACUGCCGGCGUUACCUCAAUUAGUUUACCAUGUGCCAAUCUUGUAAUGUAACAUGUCUAUAUAACCUUUAUUUUUUAUCCUUUAUUAGAACUGCAUUGCAUGUCUGGGAGAAUAAUGAACUGCCUGCUGUAUAUAAAUUCUAGGGGUGCAUAUGGCACUGCCAGAUUAUCUUGUGAUAACCAAAUGAACUAUCAGCUCUAUGUAG